CUCAGCUCUUAAAUCUCCCUCUCCCUCUCCCUCUACCUGCAACUUCAAUCUUUCAAUGGCAAAAAUAAACAAACCCCUAAAGCCAAAACCUUUAACAAAACUCAGAUCCCCAAUUCUCACUUUAAUACUUUGUAUCUUAGCCAUUGCAUUAUUGUGCUUGUUUUCUUCACUAAUUUCCACAAAUGGGUUCUCUUUUUCAUCUCCAAAAACCUUAAAGAACUUACCAAAACCCUAUAGACAGCACACAAUUCAUGAGAAGUACUUGUAUUGGGGUAGCAGAAUUGAUUGUCCUGGUAAACAUUGUGAGUCUUGUGAAGGUUUGGGUCAUCAAGAGUCUAGUCUUAGGUGUGCUCUUGAAGAAGCCAUGUUCUUGAAUAGAACUUUUGUGAUGCCUUCAAGGAUAUGUAUCAAUCCAAUACACAAUAAGAAGGGGAUCCUUCAUCAGUCUGGCAAGUUGAAUCCAGAGGAAAGGUGGGCUGAAAGCUCUUGUGCCAUGGACACUUUGUAUGAUAUGGAUCUCAUAUCAGAAACCGUACCUGUAAUCUUAGACAACUCAAAAGAUUGGUUUCGGGUACUAUCGACGAGUAUGAGGUUGGGAGCUAGAGGAGUGGCCCAUGUGGAAGGAAUAAGUCGGGUUGAUCUCAAAGAGAAUAGUCACUACUUGAACCUCUUGCUCAUUAAUCGAACAGCAAGCCCUCUUUCAUGGUUCAUGGAAUGCAAGGACCGAAACAACCGCAGUGCUAUAAUGUUGCCAUAUUCCUUUCUUCCUACAAUGGCAUCACAAAGUUUAAGGGAUGCUGCGGAUAAGGUUAUAGCACUUCUUGGUGAUUAUGAUUCCAUGCAUGUUCGUCGAGGCGAUAAAAUAAAAACCAGGAAGGACAGGUUUGGUGUUUAUAGGACCCUACAUCCUCAUCUUGACAGGGAUACACGUCCAGAGUUUAUACUCCACAGGAUUGAAAAAUGGGUUCCACCUGGACGAACUCUUUUUAUUGCUUCAAAUGAGAAGACACCGGGAUUCUUUUCACCUCUCGCUGUCAGAUACAAAUUGGCAUAUUCAUCUAACUACAGCGGAAUCCUGGAUCCCGUGAUUGAGAACAACUAUCAAUUAUUUAUGAUUGAAAGGCUUAUUCUGAUGGGUGCCAAAACAUUCAUUAAAACAUUCAAGGAAGUUGAUAAUGAUCUUAGCCUCACCGACGAUCCAAAGAAGAAUACCAAGUCAUGGCAAUUACCUGUUUAUACCAUGGAUGAAGUAGAGUAAGGAAGUUGAUAAAGCAUUCAUGACCAUUACACUUCCUGUUACCAAUCCAGCCCUCGAAUUUUCUCCUUGCAUGCCAUUCUUGCAUAUAUGGUCAUUCUCACAUGACAUUAUGGUAUACGCCUGGAUCGCUAAUCAUGGAUGAAUCUCGUAGCUUUGUUGAGGAGAAUCAGCGUGAUGUUGGUUGUGAGAGGGUUAUUAAUUUGCCAGUGUAUAUUGUGAGCUAUAUGAGUUUUAGUACAAGGUUGUAUGCGGUUUCGUAUUAUGUUGAUUGUUAUUGUGCAUAA